CAAACUGAAUCACCACCAAGUCGUCACAUUCUCUACUACAAAAUAUUUUUGUGAACUUUAACACUUCUUCUAAAGAAAAACACAAAGGAAGAUCAACAUGGCAUUUGGAUUGUCUGGUUUUGUUCAGGGUAAGAAGACUCUCCGAAGAUCACUUUCAGGCAAUAGGGAAGCAACUUUGAAGUCUUCAACCAUUCCAAAAGGAUACUUUGCUGUCUAUGUUGGAGAAGAUCAGAAGAAGCGCUAUGUAGUACCUCUUUCGUACCUAAAUGAGCCUGCUUUUCAAGACUUGCUUAGCAUGGCAGAAGAAGAAUUCGGAUAUGAGCAUCCGAUGGGUGGACUCACAAUUCCAUGCAGAGAAGACACCUUCACUGAUAUCACCUCACAGUUGAAUUGACUGUAAUUUGUAGCACUGACAUAGAUUCACAGAUACUCAAUAUUGUAGAUCAUAUACUUUUACCUUUUUUCUUUGAAAAAAGAUAAUUUUUUUGACUAGUUAACAAACUAGUGAAUAGAAAUUACUCAUUUGAUUAACAUUUGUUCCCUUUUCUGUUGAAUUCCAUUUUUCUUUCUGCUAUAUCUUUUUC